AUGAAUAUAAGCAAAAUAAAAUAUGACGAGAUAGAAGAAGUUAAGAGCAAGAAUGAAGUACUCACAAAUUUAUUAAAUAAGCUAAUAGCUUUUGACAAGAAAAGGAUAUUUUUAUAUCCUGUGAAUGUAGAGUUAGUACCUGAUUAUUUGAAUGUCAUAAAAGAACCUAUGGAUUUUACUACAAUGAAACAGAAACUACAGAAUUUUAAAUAUAAAAGUUUUCAAGAGUUUGAAAAUGAUAUUCUUUUAAUUAUUAAUAAUUGUUAUACAUAUAAUGAUCCAAGUACAAUAUAUUAUAAAUUUGCUGAAGAUAUGGAAACGUAUUAUAAAAAAUUAAAUAUUAAAAUGCAAACAAAAUAUAUGAACAUACAUUUAUUUUAUCAUAAAGAUGAUAAAGAAGCCUUAAAUAUUAUACAACAUAAUGCAACCUUAAGUACUACUAUGAAAAGAAAUUCCUUAAAAGAAAAUAAAAAAAUCGAAAAACCAAGAAAAUCUGGAAGGGUUGGUAGACCAUCUAAAAUAGAUAAACAUUUUCAUAAACAUAAAUUAGAUAAUAAUCAAAAAGAAUAUAAUAAAAAAGGUGUUUUAAAAAAAAAUCGUGAUAAUAAAAGAAAGCAAGCAUCAAAUCAAAAACAUAAUAAAAAUUUGAUGAAUGAUAAAGAAUUUAAUAACAAUAAUAUGGUUAUUAGUAAUUUUAUGUUUGCUCAUCAAUACAUAGGUACCUUAGAACAUAUAUUAGAUGAAGAACAUUUUCAUUCUUUUUUAAAAAAAUUAUUAAAUUGUAAUGAAAAGUCAGAAGAUGUUUUUUAUUUAUUAAUAAAUGCAUUAUUAGAUCAAAAAAGUAAAAUGCCACUUCUUUCUAAUUACACAAAUAUAAGUAAAUCAUUAUAUCAAAUAUUUAUUGAAGAUUCUAUAUGUUCUGAUUAUAACCUUAAAAAUGAAUCCUUAUUAGAUAAUAAUAACCAUGAAAAAUAUAAUGAUCCAAUAUCUUUAAAUACAAAAAAAAAAAAAGAAUAUUCAUUUGAUACACUCAAAAAUGAUUCAACACAUAAUAAAAGUCCAAAGAUUAUGUUCGAAUAUGAGCAAAAUGGUGACAUAAAUAAUAAGAGUUCACCUAAUAAAAGUACAAUCCAAAAUUUGCAUAUAAAUAAUAGCAACAAUAAUAAUAAUAUAGAACAACUACAACAUAAUAAUAAUACUCAACAUCCCAAGGAAGGGUUGGAUAUUAAAGAAAAAAGAGAAGACCCCAAUCUCGAAGAUACACAUAACCAUUUAAUUGAAAACGGCAUAGAUGAUGAAUUUAAAAAUAUCAUUGAUAAAAAAAAUAAAGAGUCCAAAGAAAUUAUAACGUGUAAUAUUGAUGAUGAUGAAAUGACCAUGAAUCUUUUAAAUUAUAAAAAGAGUGUAGAAAAUUUUAUCGGAGAUUAUAAUUUAGAUACAUUUAUUAAUAUAUUCCCCAAUAUACAUAAUAUAUUAGAUAAUACAGAAUCAAAAAUUUUGCAUUAUUCUCCCUUUAAUGAUUUAAGAAUGUUCGGAUUAGAUAUACAAGAUUUUGAUGAUUUUAACAAGAACAUUGUAUAUAAUAAUGAUUUCUUAUUAGGCAUAGGAAGAUUCCAUAUAAAAAAUAUAUUAUCAUUAGACAAAGAUCUAUCCAAAAUUUUAUUUAAUGAACAAAAUGAUUCACAAUUUUCUAACAAAUUAAAAACGUAUUUAUUAAAUAAUAAACAUAAAAAAGAACAAAAGAAAUUAAUUAAUAAAAAUGAUACCAAUAUGAUCAUAGAAGAAAACAUACAAACAAAUCAUAAUAAUAAUGAUGCUAAAAUAGAUAGUGUGUCAAAUAUAUAUGAUUCCUUAAACAUAAAUCAAGAGAAUACAUAUAACAAUAAUAAUAAUGAUAAUAAUAAUAUUCAAGUAAAUGGAGAUUCUAUAGAUAAUGUUAUAAGUGAUUCCAAAAAUAUUAUAAAUAAUAAUAUAUCUAAUAUGGAACAAUUUUCAGCUUGUUUAAGUGACAGCACUUUUAGUGAUUCAUCAUCAGAUGAAGAAAAUAUAAAUAUGCAGAACUUUUUAAAUACAUACAAUUCCUUUGAUAAGGAAUUUUUAUAUAAUAACAAAAUUAAUGUUUUAUCAAAUUAUAUAAAUAAUGAUGAUUUUAAAUUUAUUAAAUAA